AUGGAUCCAACGUCAAGUAAUCUUGGUCAUUCUACUACUGCAGAUUUGGGUUCUGAAUUAGAGAAAAGAAUAACAGAAGCUUUUGAAAUAUUUGACCAUGGCGGUAACCAAACUGUAGAUGUAAGAGAAAUAGGAACUAUUCUACGUUCAAUGGGAUGUUGUCCUACUGAAGAAGAACUUCAAGAAAUUUUGGUAACUGUGGAAGAUCAUGAAACAUCCAGUGUUCGCCUCACUACCUUUCUUCCGGUUGUUACUAAAAUUAUUACUGAAAGAAAAUUACAACCAGCAAGUCCAGAAGAAUUACUAAAGGCAUUUCACACUAUUGAUAAAGAUAGGAAAGGUUACAUCACAAAAGAAUACUUAACGGAAUUAAUAACUAAAGAGAUUCAGAUACAGGAAGGAUUCACUAUGAAUACUACAUAA